AUGGCUUUCGUGACCGUACCCAUGCGCAAAUGGCUACCGCUCGAAGAUUCGAUGAUGAUCAACUUUAGCGUGGUCUCUCUGGUCACCUUCCAUGCAACCUGUCUGGCGUUCCAGUAUGGGCUGCAUGAAGGUGCAGUUUUAGGACCCAAAUGUGAGCAUGGGGAAGUCGAACCGAGCCGCGGAGAAAACGACACUAGUGUUGCCGCCGAAGACUCGGUGAAAGCUCAAUCCGCCGGAAUCACAUCAGUAAGGAAACGCACUAGCAAUCAAGAAGACACCGACGGUGAAAGGAAAACCACGAGCAUGAAGGAUGAUGCCGAAUCAAACGUCAGAAACUCUCCGGCCAAGAAAAGCGAUCUCACGAGGCCAUCGACUGGUGAACUGGUGCGGUUCGUGCUCUGGCUUCUAUUCAGUCCUCGUGGGCUCGAAUGCCAAUGGGCCCCUCAUCCCUCAAUUGUCACAUUCCGUAAACCAAUAUCGUUAACUACUUUCCUUCUUCGGGAAACAUUUGGCCGGGUCAUCGUCUUACACGCCUACGGAACAUUGUGCUGGGCUCUCGCCACCUGCGCCUUCCACCACCCCCAAGGGUUUUACGGAAUUAUCAAGGAUAUAACUGGCUUGUCGGAAUCCUCUGUCAUCAAAUUUUUUGCGGGUUAUGGCACCUCAUUCUGUAUCGGCGCAUGCAUGUGGACCGCACUAGAGAUUGCGGCUGCGGGCAUGAAUCUUUUCGAGUUUCUUCUUUACACCUAUGGAAGACGUUUCUUGCCUGUCAACUGGGCACCAGAAGAAUCUUUCAACCCUAGAAGAUAUCCUCCUUUAUUCUCAAACCCUUGGGAGAGCAAGAGCAUGAGUGAAUUUUGGGGAAGAGGCUGGCACGCAUUGUUCCGUCGAGAUCUAACCUAUUGUGGAGCAUUGCCUGCAUUCAAACUCGCAGCUAUGCUAGGGUUUGGAAAACAAGUCCAGAAGUUGUCAGGUUUGAUGGGUGCGAUGUUUCUAAGCGGCCUGAUGCACGAAUACGGAUGGACCGUGGUUUGGGAAAAACACUUCCGCUAG